AUGGCAGUCGAAACAAAAGAUAUUGAAUCACAACAGAAGAUGUCGGAAUGGGAUGAACCCGCUUCGAAACAACAGACAGCAUCAGCUGCAGCACCAACACCUCGUCGUAAUAGAUGGGAUGAGACACCACAGAAGGCUGCGGGAGGUGUGACAGAGACACCAAAGCGUAGAUCACGUUGGGAUGAGACUCCGGUCAGUGUGCCUGGUGGCGCAGUGACACCUCGUUUCGAUGCAGGCGGUCAGACACCCGUGGCCGGACAGCUGCGCGCAGGCAUGGUCACGCCCGACCACACAGCACUCACCAUGCAUCAGCGAUUGGAGCGAGAGAUCGACGAGCGAAACAGACCAUGGACAGACGAGGAACUCAACUCACAGCUGCCCUCUGACGGCUACGAGAUAUUGGCACCACCACCUGGCUACGUGCCCAUCAUGACACCAGCGCGCAAGCUCAUGUCCACACCCGUUGGUGUAGCGGGCAGGAGCGGUUUCUCCAUCCCAGAGGAACAACAUCGAUCAGCCGCCUCAAUGGGCAUGGACUUUGGCGUGGAGACGAUUACAGCGGGCGGACUGCCAAUGAAGCCCGAAGACAAGAUCUACUUUGAGAAACUACUCAACGAGGAAGAGGAGGACCAGCUCAGCCCCGAGGAGGCCAAGGAGCGCAAGAUUAUGAAGCUGUUGCUUCGUAUAAAGAAUGGCACACCCCCAAUGCGUAAACAGGCAUUGCGUCAGCUCACAGACAAGGCACGCGAGUUUGGCCCCGCAGCACUUUUCAAUCAGAUCCUGCCACUGUUCACGAGCCAGGCGCUCGAGGACCAAGAGAGACAUUUGUUGGUCAAGGUCAUCGAUCGUGUGCUCUACAAGCUCGACGAUCUCGUGCGACCCUUUGUCAGGAAGAUCCUCUCUGUGAUCGAGCCAUACCUCAUCGAUCAGAACUACUAUGCACGUGUCGAGGCGAGAGAGAUCAUCUCCAACCUUUCCAAGGCUGCUGGUCUGGCCUCAAUGACGGCCACCAUGCGUCCCGAUAUCGACUCGCCCGAGGAAGACAUCCGUAACACGACGGCACGUGCCUUUGCCGUGGUGGCGUCGGCGCUGGGCAUCCCCUCGCUGCUGCCUUUCCUCAAGGCUGUGUGCAAGAGCAAGAAGUCGUGGCAGGCGCGCCACACUGGUAUCAAGAUCAUCCAGCAGAUUGCCAUUCUUAUGGGCUGCGCUAUCCUGCCCCAUCUCAAGUCAAUGGUGGAGAUUGUCGAGCAUGGUCUCACAGACGAACAGCCCAAGGUGCGUACAAUCACUGCCCUUGCCAUUGCCGCCCUUGCCGAGGCCGCCUCACCCUACGGCAUUGAGUCAUUCGACUCAGUUCUCAAGCCCCUUUGGUACGGAAUCAGACAGUAUCGCGAGAAGGGUCUGGCAGCAUUCCUCAAGGCCAUUGGAUACAUCAUCCCUCUGAUGGACGCAAGCUACGCCUCGUACUACACCAAAGAGGUGAUGACUAUAUUGGUGCGCGAGUUCAAGACCAACGAAGACGAGAUGAAGAAGAUCCUGCUCAAGGUGGUCAAGCAGUGUGUCAGCACCGAAGGUGUCGAGCCACAGUAUAUCCGCGAGGAGGUCGUGCCAGAGUUCUUCAAGCACUUCUGGGUGCGUCGUACGGCCGACCGUCGCAACCACAAGGCCCUGGUCGAGACAACAAUGGAGAUCGCCAACAAGGUUGGCGGUGCCGAAGUCAUUGCCAAGAUCGUCGAUGACCUCAAGGACGAGUCCGAGUCAUACAGAAAGAUGGUAAUGGAGGCCAUUGAGAAGAUCAUUGCAACACUGGGCGCGUCAGACAUUAGCACACGACUCGAGGAGCAGCUGAUUGAUGGUGUGCUCUACGCGUUCCAGGAGCAGAGCACCGACGAGACCAACGUCAUGCUUCAGGGCUUUGGUACCAUCGUCGUUGCGCUUGGCGUGCGUGUCAAGCCCUAUCUCACACAGAUCGCCGGUACAAUCAAAUGGCGUCUCAACAACAAGUCUGCCAAGGUGCGUCAGCAAGCGGCCGACUUGAUCUCGCGUAUCGCCGUCGUUAUGCAUCUCUGUGGCGAGGAAAGUCUCAUGUCUCAUUUGGGCCAGAUCCUCUAUGAGUACCUUGGUGAGGAGUAUCCCGAGGUGCUGGGCUCAAUCCUCGGCGCACUCAAGGCCAUCGUCAACGUCAUUGGUAUGACCAAGAUGACACCACCCAUCAAGGACCUGCUGCCCCGUCUCACGCCCAUCCUCAAGAACAGACACGAAAAGGUGCAGGAACAGAACAUCGACCUCGUGGGCCGUAUUGCCGAUCGUGGUGCCGACUUUGUGCACGAGCGCGAGUGGAUGCGUAUCUGUUUCGAGCUGCUCGACAUGCUCAAGGCGCACAAGAAGGGCAUCCGUCGUGCCACUGUAAAUACGUUUGGCUACAUUGCCAAGGCCAUCGGUCCACAAGAGGUGCUGGGCACCCUGCUAAACAAUCUCAAGGUGCAGGAUCGCCAGAACCGUGUGUGUACCACUAUCGCCAUUGCCAUCGUUGCCGAGACGUGCGCGCCCUAUACCGUGCUGCCGGGUCUCAUGAACGAGUACCGUAUCCCCGAGCUCAACGUGCAGAACGGUGUGCUCAAGUCACUUUCUUUCCUGUUUGAGUACAUUGGCGAGAUGGGCAAGGACUACAUCUACGCUGUCACCCCCCUGCUGGAGGACGCCCUGAUGGACCGUGAUCCAGUGCAUCGCCAGACAGCCUGUGCCGCCGUCAAACACAUGUCGCUCGGCGUGCACGGACUGGGCUGCGAGGACGCUCUGGUGCAUCUGCUCAACUUUGUGUGGCCAAACAUCUUUGAGACGUCGCCGCAUGUUAUCAAUUCAUUCUUGGAGGCGGUGGAGGGACUGCGCACGGCGUUGGGACCCACCGUCAUACUACAGUACACUCUACAGGGACUAUUCCAUCCAGCGCGCAAAGUGCGUGACAUUUACUGGAAGGUGUAUAACAUGCUCUACAUCAGUUCGCAGGAUGCCAUGACCCUCUCAUAUCCACGUACACCAGAUGAUGGUGCCAACACCUAUCGCAGGAAUGAGUUGGACUAUGUCAUCUAA